CGCCCCGCCUCUCAGCACCUCAGCACCUCAGCCCCUCAGCUGCUGCGGAGCUUCGGCCGCCAGGCUCGCGGCCCCAGGCUGAGGUAGCUGGUGGCGGAGUCCUCGCGCCGGCCUGCUACGGGCAGGCGGGAGGGCGGGGCCGGCGCCUCCCCCGCGAGCUUGGUCUGGCGAGGUUGGCGGACCGAGCCCGAGAUCUGCCUUCUGAAGAUCAUCGCCAUCCAAGGGGAAGAGGCUAAAAGAGGACAUGGCUAAUUGGCACAAGGAAGCAAGGGCUCAGGUGGAAGUGACCUUUGAGGAUGUGGCUGUGCUCUUUACUCGGGACGAGUGGAGGAAGCUGGAUGCUCUGCAGAGAAGCUUGUACCGGGACGUGAUGCUGGAGAACUACAGGAACCUGGCUUCCCUGGGAUUUCCCUUUACCAAACCAAGGGUGAUUUCCCUGUUGCAGCAAGGAGAAGAUCCCUGGAAGGUUGAGAAAGAAAUCCCUGGAGACCCCUCACUCGGAUGUAAAAGCAGUCUUGAGAUCACAAAAACACCUCAAACAAAAGACUUAUUACUUCAGGAACUAAUAAGGAAGAAGCUAAAAAAAGAUGAAAAUGUCAUACCAGAAAAGCCCUGCAUAUUUGAAGACAGAUUUAAAAAACAGGACAAAAAUGAAAGUGUGCAAAUAAUUUCACUAACCCAUAUGAAAAUUCUUGCUUUAGAUGAAUGCCGUAAUAGUUUUGAAUUUAGACAAAAUGUCAGUGUGAAAUCAGUUAUUAAGACACAAAGGAUUGCUAGAGACAAAAUACCCUUAAAAUAUGAAAUACAAAGAAAUAGCUUCAAGCAGAAUUCAAAUUCAUUUAAUCAGCCAAAAAUCAAGACAGCAGAGAAACGCUAUAAAUGUCGUACAUGUGAAAAAGCUUUCUUUCACAAUUCAUCCCUUCGUAAACAUGAGAAAAACCAUAGUGGAGAAAAAUUAUUUAAGUGUAGAGAAUGUUCAAAAGCCUUUAGCCAAAGUUCAGCUCUUAUUCAACAUCAAAGAACUCAUACUGGAGAGAAGCCCUACAUAUGUAAAGAAUGUGGGAAAGCCUUCAGCCAUAGUGCAUCCCUUUGUAAGCACCUUAGAACCCAUACUGUGGAGAAAUGCUAUAGAUGUAAAGAAUGUGGUAAAUCCUUUAGCAGAAGAUCUGGUCUUUUUAUACAUCAAAAAAUCCAUGCUCGAGAAAAUCCCCAUAAGUAUAAUCCAGGUAGGAAGCCAUCCAGUUGUACCACUUCCUUUUCAGGAGGUCAGAGACUUCACCUCAGAAAAAAGUCCUACUUAUGUAAUGAAUGUGGCAAUACCUUUAAGUCUAGCUCCUCCCUUCGUUAUCAUCAGCGAAUUCACACUGGAGAGAAGCCUUUCAAAUGCAGUGAAUGUGGGAGAGCCUUCAGUCAGAGUGCAUCACUCAUUCAACAUGAACGAAUUCACACUGGAGAAAAGCCCUACAGAUGUAAUGAGUGUGGAAAAGGCUUCACUUCUAUCUCACGACUCAACAGACAUCGAAUAAUUCAUACUGGAGAGAAACUGUAUAAUUGUAAUGAAUGUGGCAAAGCCUUAAGUUCCCAUUCAACCCUUAUCAUUCAUGAGAGAAUCCAUACUGGAGAAAAACCAUGUAAAUGUAAGGUGUGUGGGAAAGCCUUCAGGCAAAGUUCAGCUCUCAUUCAGCAUCAGAGAAUGCAUACUGGUGAAAGACCCUAUAAAUGUACUGAUUGUGGGAAAACAUUCAGGUGUAACUCAUCUCUUAGUAAUCAUCAAAGAAUUCAUACUGGAGAGAAACCUUAUCGAUGUCUAGAAUGUGGGAUGUCAUUUGGUCAAAGUGCUGCUCUUACUCAACAUCAAAGGAUUCAUACAGGAGAGAAACCCUUCAAAUGUAAUACAUGUGGGAAGAACUUUAGACAAAGCUCCUCGCUUAUUGCACAUCAAAGAAUUCAUACUGGAGAGAAGCCCUAUGAAUGUAAUGCAUGUGGGAAACUUUUCAGCCAGAGGUCAUCCCUUACUAAUCAUUAUAAAAUUCAUAUUGAAUCAGAAACGUUGAAAGGAGAUUUGCAUGUGUGAAAGCCUUAAACCAAAGUUUAUCAGAGAAUAAGUACUUGAGACUGAUUUAUUAAAUGUAAUGAAAAUGAGGUAACUUUAAUUUAGUCCUCAUCAGAUACUAAUUUCCAAGGAUAAACCUUGUCUAUAUAAUAAUUAUGGUGAAUAAUUUUAUACCUGUCAGUCACUUUUUGUAAUAUCCUAAGACACCUCAUAUUUGCAGAUAUUGGUAUUAGCCAUUUAUAAGAUAAAAAGUUGGUUUUUCUUGUCUUUAUCAGCAUUGUACAAUAUCUACAUCGUGUAAACAUGAGGAAAGUUGGUGUUCAGGGUGCUAGAUUUCUCAGAAAACAAGUGUGAGCUGCUAGCAUAUUUAUCAGAGCUAAUUUAAUAAAAGAAAUUGAUCUUAAAUGCAUUUUAGAGCAAAGGACCAAAUUUUAAAAAAAGAAACAGCAGACUACCUCAGUGUUUGGAGUUUACCUUUUCCCUUACCUAUUGUCAAACUUUUUGCGUGGCUUUUAUUAAAAAGAAGAAAGAAAAGUCUAUUACCUUCUUUUUUGUUCUGUCAGAUGAUACCCAAAUGUCUUCCAUGCUUUCUAAACAAUUCUUAAUUUUGUUCUCAAAAUUUUAUUGAGGUCACUUAUUAGAAACUCAUAAUGAUGCUUUGAACACCAAUGUUUGAUUAUUUAUUAUUUAUUUUGCGGAACUGCAGAUUGAAUUCACGACCUCGUGCUUGCCAGGCAGGUGCUUAUGCCACUGAGCUAAAUCCCUGGCGCUCUUGUUUGAUAAUUUAAACAAAAACUUUUAUAUUGGUUAGCCAAUCACUUCAAAAUUAAAGCUAUAAUUUUACAUUAGUUGUAAAAUAGAUCUUGAUAGUUUUAAAUACAUAGCAUAUGUGACUAAGUCUUUGAAAAGGAAUCAGUGAAUAACAAUUUCUUCAGUUGAGGUUUUAUAGUUUUGGAAAAUUUCAGACUAUAUAGUGAUCUUUCGAAUUGGUUUGCUCAGUAUAUGUGUGUUUAAGGCCUACAUUUGGGCCAGAUUCUAUCUUGAGAACUAGAAAUUGCAUGGAAGAAACAGGCCAUAUUCUAAUAUUAAAUGAAAGGGGCAUGUAUGAGUUAAAAGGAAUAGUAGGUAAUAAUUACAUUAAUUGGUUUUUAUAGAGAAAAGAGGUCUAAUUUAUGAUGAUACUCUGUAGAGGUACAAAAGGAUUUGCACAGGAUGCAGAGAGGAAUGAAGACUAACCAAGGGAUUCUGGAAAGACCAGAUGUGAUGUUUCAGGGACAUUUUAGAAAAAGAACUGAAAUCAUUCAAGAGUGAGAGAAGUGUUCAAAAUAGGUGAAGGCACAUAUGCAAAGACAUGGGUGGAUGGGUGACAGCAUGGCACAUUUGUAGAAAAUGUGUGGUGAGAAGUAAAGAGCAUGGUAUGGGAAAAUGUAGGAGGCUAGGUAACAAAAGGUCUUUCUGUACUAAGGAAUUUGAAUUUCAUUCUGAUGCUUAUGACAUCAAUUAGAAAUUUUUAGUACGAAACUUCUGGCAAUAGUAUUAAAGAUGUUUUGUGAUGUCAAAGAUGGCUUAAUCCCACAAGCCUGGCCUGCAAACAUUUUCUCCACGGUAGGGAAAAGAUCUCAUUUGUAAGAUGUUAAUAAACGUAGCACUAGAUAAUUGGGGCUUAAAAAUGAGACAAUAAGUUUAAAUCUGCUUUAGAGUAUUUUGUAAAGAAAGCAUGGCUCAAUUUUUAUAUGGCUCAGUUUAGAGUUGUUUCAUUAAAAACGUCCUACUUUUACACUUUCAUAUGUUUGAAAUCUGAGGAGGGACUUAGGGAAUUUGUUGAUGAAUUAAAGUUUUAAAGAUACUCAGGGCAGGAGAAAAUGCUUUAAAGAGUGAGUUAAGUCUUGACAUGGUAUGCACACCUGUGAUAACCAGCAUUUGGGAGGCUGAGGCAGGAGGAUCACCAUGAGCUUGAGGCCAGUCAGGGAUACCAAGUGAGUUCAAGGCAGCCUAAACUGCAUAAUGAAACACUUUCUCAAAAAGAGAAAAAAGUGGUAAGCCUGAAAACUAAAAUGCAGGAGUUGACCAGGUAUGUCAAAAUCUGGAAAGGCAUUUUGUACAGGGGGCAAGCUUAGGCAGUGUCAUGAAGGCACUGAGAGGACAUGAUGUGCUCACUGUAGUAUUGGAAAUAUUUUUAAACUUUAUUUUCCAUUAUUAGUAUAUAAAUGCACAGUUUAUUUUUUUAUAUUGUCCUGGUAUCUAGGGAUCGUGUUAAACACAGUUAUUUCUAACAGCUUGUUUGUAGAUGCUUUUGGAUUUUGUGCAUACACAAUUGUUAUUUACAAAAAAAGACCAUUUUAAUUUGCCUUUUCCAGUCAUACCUUUUCUUACAUUUUAAUCCUAUAUAACAUGGACCAUGACAAUGUCAAGUAGAAAUGAUAACACUGAAUACUGAUCCAUUUAAUCUGAUAUUAGCUUUCUUGGACAUUUUCUUGUUUCCCUUGUGUGUUAUAAAUUUAUUAUAAAUGAGUAAUGUUUUUGUCACAUCCAUUUUCUGCAGAUUGAGAUUGUACUGUUUUUCACUUUGUGUUAAAAGAAUUGCAGCCUUUUAAUUUGGACUUUGCAUAUCUGAAAUCAAUCCUACUUGAUCAUAAUGUAUCAUCAUGCAGAUGUAUAAGAGCAGGUGUCUUAUGUAAUAGAAACCUGGCUGAAGUGACCAAGAUUGUCUUCUAAAAAUUUAGAAUGGAAAGAAAUUUUUUUCAUCCAGAUAUGAAGGAUCCAUAAAACAGUAAUGUCUGGAAAGGGAGGAGAAGACAAGGCCAUAGAGUAAUGGAGAAGUAAAAGCCUUAGAGGAAGACAGAGUCCAAAAUCUACAGGAACCAGGAGAGAGACUGGUCUUGUUGAUAUACAAGAUGAAAGAAAAUUAGAAAUCAAAGCUAGAGUUCAGCUGUCAGAGACCGGGAAUGAUCUUUGUAGUGUUAAGGACUGUGGGAGUCUGAUUCUGAAGAUCCUAAUUUAUAUAUCCAAAGAGUGGGUAGACAAUUUGAAGACUUUUAUCAAUAUUUGAUGGAGCAAACAGUUUGAAGAUGAUUUGUGAAUUUCUGGCUUGAGAAAUUGAUGGAAAUUGAUUUUUGGAGAUAGGCGUUUGGCAGUCUAUAAAAAAUAUUCCUUAAUGAGAAGGAAAAGAGGUUAGUCCUAUUCCUAGUGCCCUGUAAUUGUCCUGGUAUUUUGCUGAACACCAAUGGUGGCAAAAUUCUUAAUUACAUCUGACUUUUCAAAGUCAGGGUGUUAUUAGUCUUUGAAAACCAGUGUACAUUAGUACACUGGCCAGUCUGUCUCAUGUUGUAAAAAAUAACUGUUUCAGUAGUACCAUUUAAAAAUACAACUUUCAAUAAAAACACUGAACAUAGUCAAGAGAUCUAUUUUCUAGUCCCCAUUUGGUUUUGAGUUAUAUAGUCCCUGACUUUUUCAACUCCAGAAAUUCCACCAUAUCAUUUAAUGUCCUGCUUUAUGGUUUUUGAUUUUAAAGAUCAACUCAAAGUCUAAAUCUUCAUCAUAUACAUUUGUGUAAAGAAACAUCAAGAUGGGGCUGGGGAUUUAGCUCAAUGGCAUAAGUACCUGCCUUGCAAGCAGGCGGUCAUGAGUUCGAUCCCCGGUACCGAUAAAAAUGAAAAAGACAAAAAUAAAAAAGAAAGAUCAAGAUGAGUUGAGAACUAACAAUACAAAGAAAUACCCUUUACAUCAUGUUGUUAGUAAAAUUGCUUUGAGUACUGUUGAAUAAAAUAAAUUAUACAUUAAGUU